AUGUCCGUCGACAUUGAGCCCUCCGAGCUGAGCUUCCGACGGCCUUUCACCGUCGAAGUCUCUCAGAUUCUCCGGAUCAAGAACCCGAACCAGACCCCCAUCGCCUUCAAGGUCAAAACCACCGCCCCGAAGCAGUACUGCGUUCGCCCCAACUCGGGUCGUGUCGAGCCUGGACAGGAUGUGGAGGUUACCGUCCUUCUCCAGGCCAUGAAGCAGGAGCCACCUCUCGACACCAAAUGCCGCGACAAAUUCCUCGUCCAGUCCGUUCCCAUCACUGCCGAUAAGGAGUUUGCGAGUAUUGCCAACAUUCUCGAUCAGACCGACAAGUCUUCUGUCAUUGAGAGGAAGAUUCGUGUCAACUGGCUUACCGCCGAUGACCAGUCGCCCAACCCUCCCAGUGCCUCUGCUGUUACCUCUACCCCGAACCGCCACUCUGUCGUUAACGGCGACAACACUCCCGAUGUUUCGAACGUCUACUCUUCCCCUGGCCAAGAAGCUGAUCGCUCUGGUAGCCCCAGUGCUUCAGCUGUCCGUCCCUCGACUUCCGACACGAAGGACGACACGGUUUCCGAGAAGGCCCAAUCAACAGUCAGCGCCGCGAGCCACGUUGUCGCCAACACCACCCAGGUCACCUACGAAGAGCUGAAACAAAAGCUUUCCCAGGCCGAAGCCAAGAUUGCCAACCUGCAGGAUAGCAGUGGUCUACGCCAACGUAUCAAGACGGAGAGCGAGAAGCUCCCCAGCACCCAAGAAGCUGCUGCAGCGGUAAGACAGGGAGUUGAGGGUGUAUCGGUGCAGAUGGUUGCCAUCCUGUGUCUCCUCAGCUUCCUGCUUGCCUACUUCUUCUUUUAA